AACUGUAACUGUAGUUGUGCCAUUUUAUAAGUUAUAUUAUUUUUAUUUAAAUGUCAAAAGAGAACAUGCGAUCAUGUGGAAAAAUCCACCAAUUCCAUGUUGGCCAGAACAAACCAAACAAUUAUUGGCUAAGGAGAUUUUAAUAAUAAUAUGGAUCCGAUCACUUAUGAAGGGAUGUCUGCUUUGAGAUACGAAGGAGGUGCAGAAAAAAUAAGUUAAAGCAAUGGAAAAAAUAGCAGAGAAGAGAAGGAUAGUGUUGGUUCCAUUUCCAGCACAAGGGCAUAUAACUCCAAUGAUGCAACUCGGACAAGCCCUUAGCUUUAAGGGCUUCUCAAUUACAGUUGCUCAAGGAGCAUACAAUCAAGUCAGCUCUUCUCAGCACUUCCCUACCUUUCAAUUCGUCACCAUACCAGAAAGCGUACCGGUGUAUCAAAAAGAGAGCCUCGGACUAGUCGAGUUUCUGAUGAAGCUCAACAAAAACAGUGAGGCAAGAUUCAAGGACUGUGUAGCUGAGUUGUUGCUACAAAAUGGCAAUGAUAUCGCCUGCAUCAUCUAUGACGAGCUCAUGUACUUCUCUGAAGCUGCAGCUAAGGAGUUUAAGAUCCCAAGUGUCAUAUUAAGCACUGCCAGUGCUACAAAUCAUGCUUGUGGCUGUGUUUUAAGCAAACUCAAUGCCGAGAAGUUCUUGAUUGACAUUGAAGAUCCUGAAGUUCAAGACAAGGUGGUGGAAAACUUAGAUCCAUUAAGAUACAAAAACCUACCAAUUUCAGGAAUGGGGCCACUGGAUCGUUUUCUAGAGAUAUGUAGGGAAGUAUUUAACAAAAGAACGGCUUCCGCUGUAAUCAUCAACACGGCGAGCUGUCUAGAGAGCUCGUCUCUAUCAUGGCUGAAACAAGAACUCAAUAUUCCAGUUUUUCCAUUAGGCCCUCUUCACAUUACAGCUUCAGCAAAUUCUAGUUUACUGGAAGAGGACAGAAGCUGCAUCGAAUGGUUGAACAAGCAGGUACCGAGGUCAGUCAUAUACAUAAGCUUUGGAAGCAAAGCUCAAAUGGAAGCAAAGGAAGUUAUGGAGAUGGCUUGGGGAUUGUGUGAUAGCAACCAGCCUUUUUUAUGGGUCAUCUCCGAGUCACUGCCAGAGGAAGUUAGUAAGAUUGUGCUAGAAAAGGGAUACAUUGUGAAAUGGGCACCGCAGAAAGAAGUACUUGGACAUCCAGCAGUGGGAGGAUUAUGGAGCCACUGCGGAUGGAACUCGACCCUUGAGAGCAUUGUGGAAGGCGUUCCAAUGAUUUGCAGGCCUUUCAAAGGGGAGCAAAAGUUAAACGCAAUAUAUGUAGAAAGUGUUUGGAGAAUAGGAUUUCAGCUUCAAGGUGAAGUAGAAAGAGCAGGGGUGGAGAGAGCCGUGAAGAGGUUGAUCGUGGAUGGAGAAGUUGCAGGCAUGAGGGAGAGAGCUCUUGUUCUGAAAGAGAAGCUUAAAGCCUCUGUAAGAAUUGGAGGCUCCUCAUACAAAGCAUUGGAUGAGCUGGCCAAGUACUUAAAGACAGAGUGAGAAGCUGCACUUUAUUCAUUAUUACAGAUCACUGAAUUUGUUUAGAACAAGCUUACAAAAUUUCUGAAGUACAGUACUUGGUUUUCUUCUUUAUCUAAAUAAAAAAGCAAUUCAAAUCAAAUAAGAGUCUCUUUUGGAA